AUGUCCACAUCUCUGAAGCAUCAAGACUCUAAACUGGAUUGCAUCGCGUACGAGGAAUUUAUUUUCGGUGGUCUUGCUUAUUCGGCCAGUGUGUUAUCCCUGUUUCCUAUAUACAAGACUAUUUUCUUCCAACAGUUAGAUGGAAUUACUUGGACAGAGGCUUUUAGUCGACUAAAGCAUGAGGGAGUGGCCUUGGCGUAUCGUGGUGUAUUACCACCACUCCUGCAACGUGCUUCUACCGGUGCUGUGAUGUUUGGUGUGCAAAGCCUGGCUGAACGCUCGCUCACGCAUCAUCCUGCAACUUCUCAACUUCCUUUCGGCGUUAACCGUGUUAUUGGUGCCGUACUCGCUGGAUGUUGUGAAGCUUCCCUGAUGCCCUUCGAACGGGUACAGACGUUGUUGCAGAACAAACACAAUUUUCCAUCUUACAGGAAUACUUUCCACACUCUAGGAUCUUUGGUAAUGACUCAUGGUAUGAAAGAACUUUACCGGGGUUUUAGCCCCAUACUGUUACGGAACAGUCUUGGUAACGCUCUGUAUUUUAGUGGUCACAAGUGGCUGAAUGAUCUUCGCAAACAUCGUGCCAAAGAGGGUCCGCUCGAACGAGGUUUGUGGAAUUUCGGUCUGGGUGGCUUACUUGGAGGUUUCAUUGGCAUAGUUACUUUCCCGUUAAACGUCAUCAAAACUCGUAUGCAAUCCACCGUUGGAGGAUCUUUCGAAUCUACUCGGUCAGCGUUCACAUCGCUCAUAUAUCACCGCGACCAUCGGCCUGAUGUAACUAGGCUUUAUCGUGGUCUGUUUGCAAACUUCCUGAGGUCUGUCGCUUCGUGGGGCAUCAUCACGAUGACCUAUCACCUCCUACUUGAAAUUCAUUCUGGUGUACCCACUUCCUCCGACUGCGCCGUUAGGUAA